AUGCUAUUUCGGAAGAUUUUAAGUUGGCGUUUUAUUCGAGGCAUCGGAUAUUUUUAUUGUGCAUCCUAUGUAGUUGGUGCACAUAUUGGUGAAUUAGUUAUAUGUUCUGGAGAAUCAAUGCAUCCAACGAUACAAGAUGGUGAUUUGGUGAUUGCGGAACGUCUCAGUGUCCAUCUACGCAAUCUUUGGCGUGGCGAUAUUGUUGGUACAUAUUCACCCUAUAAUCCAUCGGAAAUGCUUUGUAAACGUCUGACUGCAAAGGAAUGUGAUGUAGUGUUGAACUGCAGUUUGUUGCCGAAUAAAAGAAUCCCUAAAGGACAUAUAUUCUUAGAAGGUGAUAAUGCUAUGGUUUCGGCGGAUUCUCGGACAUUUGGUCCUGUACCAGAAGGUUUAGUGCAAGUACGCUUAAUCUUCAGAAUAUGGCCAUUAUCGAGAGCAGGAUGGGUAUCUGAUCAUUGGUUUUGGGAGAAACCAGAGCAGUAA